AUGGUGGAUCAUUUGAGAAAACUGCAAGCAGCCCAACGGGCAGAGGGUGACAAUCCGUUUAUUUUUACCUUGGAGAAUGCCGAAUCGCUCUUCGAUAUGCUGGAUCCCAACGCAAACGGCUUUAUCUCCUUUCAGCAGUACCAGCAUGGUCUCGAAACCCUGGGUAUUACCAUGUACGACCCGCUUCCUGUCGGAAUUGGUACCAACCAGAUAACCAAAAAAAUCUUUUUGGAGGAAGCGUAA